CGGCCGGCAAACUCGUGGAUACUCUACCGUCAAGAAAAGCAUCCUAUCGUGCUGAAGCAGCACGCAGGCAUCACGAACAACAAUAUCAGCAAGAUCGUUGCCGAGUGGUGGAAAAAUGAGCCUGAGGAGAUCAAGCGGAUAUAUAAGUCGCGGGCGGAAGAGGAGCGCCGUCGACAUCGCCUGCUCCAUCCGGACUACAAGUAUGCCCCUCGCAAA